GUUUGUACUUUGAGAGGAAUGGAGAGAAAAAUUAGACUGGAAGAAAUCUCAAGCUACCUUAAUGAUCAAUUUUAUAUUGGAUGUGGUCACUAUUCAAUUGACUACAAAGGAACAUUGGAGGAUGGAGACGUAGUGAUCAAAGCAAUCAAUGUAAUCGAUGAUAAUCUGCUGUUGAUCAAGAAAGAAAUUCGCAUAUUGCGAUCCGUUUAUCAUGAGAAUAUUGUGGAAUUUGUUGGAUAUCUGAUUGACCUGCCCAAACUCUAUUUGGUCACAGAAUUCAUCGGUUCAUCUUUAGACAAAGUAAUCCAUAAGAGCACUGAUCCAUAUACAAAUGAGCAGGCCAUUAACUGGAUGCUCCAAGCAGCCAAGGGCCUUCACUAUCUGCAUAGUUUAACGCCGAAGCUGAUUCAUCGUGAUGUACGACCUCAAAAUUUGAUGAUUGAUCAAGACAGAAAAGUGCUUAAGCUCACGAAUUUCGCCAAUACGAAUAUAAUGGGAAAAUCAGAAGCUUAUCUGUACAUGGCACCUGAGAUUUUCGAAGGUAAUCGAUUCACUGAGGAAUGCGAUGUGUUUAGCCUUGGAAUAACUUUCUGGGAGGUUCUCAGUCGUAAGAUUCCAUACAAAGAUAGUCCGUCCAAUAUGCUGACUUUAAAAAAAGUGACCCAAGAAAAUCUUCGACCCCCAUUGUUGGAUAUAUCAGAGUGUCCAGAGCAUAUAAAAGUGUUGAUAGAAAGCAGUUGGAGUCCCCAGCCAAAGCGACGACCGAAAAUGAAGAAAAUUAUUGCAGCUUUAUGAAAGAGCUCCAUUUACUGGACUCUAUAUCUAUUUAUAGUGUAUAUAUCCAUGAGCUGGACUCUACAUCUAUUUAUAUAUUCUAUCUGUUGUAAAUAAAAAGCUGGUCGAAUGGA